CUCGUCACGAAUAGCCAUAAAAACGGCCGCCCGGCCUCCGCGCAGCAGCGGCAUCGUCAGGCGGCGUGAAGUCUCGCACAAUCAGCGCGCGGCGCCGAGGAGCCUGCCAAAAUCGGGACGCAGCCGCGGGUGAGCAGGAGGACAUGGCCGACGCCUUACGAGUCGUGGCAGUAGUCGCCGUCGCGUCGCUCGCAAUGCUUGCAGAAGCCUCUGUAUUCAACGGUCGCAUGGGGGCCCAAAUGGGGAUGGGCGGUGGAUGCGUUCCCGGUCAGUGCUUGGUGCAAUGCCAGAGCGCGGGCGGCGGCGUGGGGACCUGCUCACCGCAGGGAUGCAUCUGCGGUGCCUCUCCCGGAGGGAGCGUGCCGGGGGGACACCCGGGCAUGCCGUGCAAUAACGCGCGCUGCCUGGCGACCUGCCGGGAGUACAACCCUUCCGUUGUGAGGGCUUACUGCAGUAGCACGGGAUCUUGCAAGUGCGAGUGGCUACAGCCGCCUCACGAGCCGUGCAACGUCCUCAAGUGCGACAGGCAGUGCCGCGUGGAUUCCAGGAAGCCGCUGAUGAAUGCCCGCUGCGCUCCCAACGGCUCCUGCAGGUGCACCUACCGGGAGAUGUUCGGAUGACGCUGACCAGCAAAGCCGUGCGAAGAUGUUCCUGCUGCGCUGUCUAACCUUCACCCACGAAUAAAACGAAGUUCAGCUGAAGCUUCGUGAAAAACCAUUGAGCCGACGCUUUCCACGGGAACACAGCUAUUGCCUUUCGCUAAUUCAAAAAAAAAAAAAAGUCCGAAUGUUUGAUUACGUACGAUUGCUUGGACACUGUACACGCGCAUUUGCGUGCACUCGUGUUGCCACUAGGAGCGAUCCAACGUUUUACAGUCAGCAGGCGCUUCGGUAGUUUCAGUAUAUCGCUGUUUAUUUAGAUGCUCUAAAUAAAACUUGAAAUGUCUCAUCA